AUGCUCGGUGAAAACCCCAUUGUGGAUGCACGAGGAUGUUCUCAAGGCGACUGGGGUCGCCUUGAAAACGUCCUCGUGCGCUACGGUGCAAUCGAUUCCAGCAAGAAAAGACGCUUGUGUCUUGUAAUAAGCUCCGAGGCGGCUUGCCAAACGCCUUGGAGACCAAGUGCUGUUGCCUUCAACUUCUACACCGAUUCGAAAACGUCCCCAGCAACAAACCCUUUGGAGGCGACUUCAAAACCCGUCCAAGACGGCUUGCAACUGUCUUCAUAG